ACAAGUAAAACGAGAUGGACAAGGAAGCUCUGCAGUGAGCCUGCGGCCCUCCAUCCCCGCCACUUGCCACCUGACCCCUGUGAGAGCUGGGAGCGGGGAGGCAGGUGGGGCACGGCGCUGCCCCAGCCCCCCAACACCUCCCAGGUCCUGGGUGGAAACCCUGGGUGCAGGAUAACAUUGCAGAUGCCGGGCACAGCAAGGCAUGACAGAGAGAUGGCAAUCCAGGCCAAAAGAAACCUGUCCAAAACCACUGACCCCGUUGAAAGACUUCGCCUGCAGUGUUUAGCAAGGGGAUCUGCUGGCAUCAAAGGACUCGGCAGAGUAUUUCGGAUUAUGGAUGAUGACAACAGCAGGACCCUGGAUUUCAAAGAAUUUGUGAAAGGAUUAAAUGAUUAUGCUAUGAUGAUAGACAAAGACGAAGCACAAGAAAUUUUCCGGAUAUUUGAUAAAGAUGGCAAUGGAACAAUUGAUUUUGAUGAAUUUCUUGUUACUCUGAGACCUCCUAUGUCAAAUGCAAGAAAAGAAAUCAUCAUGCAGGCGUUUAGGAAGUUAGAUAAAACUGGAGAUGGUGUCAUAACAAUUGAAGACUUACGUGGGGUGUAUAAUGCAAAGCAUCAUCCUAAAUACCAAAAUGGAGACUGGACAGAAGAUCAAGUUUUUAGGGCCUUUCUAGAUAAUUUUGAUUCACCCUAUGACAAAGAUGGAAAGGUUACAAAAGAUGAAUUUCUGAACUACUACUCUGGAGUUAGUGCUUCUGUGGACAGUGACGCCUACUUCAUUUUAAUGAUGAAGAAAUCCUGGAAACUCUGACAUUUUCUUUCAUUUGCCUCAAUAUCUUUGGGACUAGAGACUAUAGAGAAGUGAAACACUGUUUAGUUUGCUGCGGGUGUGAUUUUUUUUCCCCAGUUCCCAUCUGUGCACCUUUUUCAGAGCUGCAUGAUUACACGACACCAUCAAGUGUCCCAGUGCUGGCCCCCGACAUGUGGCCUCACGUUUCAACAGGUGGCGCUUAAAAGCCAGGGAAUAGCCAAAUGGCCAGCCUGACUGAAUUCCGAAGCUGCCGAGUGAGCCGACGGAUGGGAUCGUCGGCACGAAUUAGCAAUUGCGUUUCCCGGCAUCACCAGUUGUUUCCUUGUGUGUCUUUUGUGUGUAGAUUUGUCUUGCCAAUGUCGUGUUACACACGGAAGUGCUAAUUUGGGAGCUUCGUAAUCACAGUAAUAAGGAACCGUUUGACCCUAAAAUAAUUCUUCAUAGAGUUGUUUAUAUUUUAUGUUACAUUUUAGCUGGUUUUAAGGGAUAGUUUCAGAAACCCACAAUCAAAGAAAUAACUAGCUUGAGCCAAAAGCACAUGAACUAAAAACCUGCUGCUGUGCCUCCCAGGAACACUGCAGUACUGCUGUACAAAUACAGGCCUUCAAGUCAACAAACAGUUUUAGUAAGAAGCCUAGAAGGGGUUGAACUCCCAUCCUGUAGAAAUACCCUGCCAGCCUCACCAGGUCCUUUGCUGCUGGCAGAGGUGGCUUCACAGUCAGCUUGUGCCUGCCUAAAACUGCCCCAAAUUCAGCCACCUAUCCCUGCAGCAGUGGUGGCCAGGCCAUCCCUUCACCAUUUAUUUCAUGGCCCAGACUGCACUGCACAGCACAUACAUUUAACCAUCUCUUCUCCUUGGCAGAAGCAGUUCCCCAGACUCUCCAUGCUUAGCUGGUCUUCUACCACCUCACUGACACACAUAGCAUUUUUUUGUGUUUUAUCAGUCUGUCUAAUGAACAUGAACAAGAGGAGGAGGUUUGAUAAACAAACAAAUUCAGCAGGGGACAAGUAUCGCCUUGGGAGGUAAUUAACUUUUUUCAGCAUCAUUAAAAUUUGACUGUGAGUCAGUGUUAUAACUGACAAAAGACUUAUUUUAUUUCAUGGAGUUUGUGUGCUGCUAGGAGACGUUUGUGUAGUGCAAAUGAGCUGUGCAUAGAUGAGGGGAGAAAUGAUGACAGGAGACCAGCUGUGUUGUACCACAAGUGCAGAAGAGCUGGUGGAUCCCAACAGGUACAUGCGGAGAGAGGAUCAGGCAGCUCCAGCCAUGGUGUCAUAAAGCAGCUGCAUAGAAACCGGGAUCACCAAGCUCAUUUUGUGUGUGCAACUGAGUAGGAGCACAGGAGGCAGAAAGUGUGGAGGAGGAAUGUUAUGCUGAAGUGAGGAAGGUGCAUGGAGUAUGUGAAAGCUGAGCUUUACUCCUGUGUGAAUGCUGAGUCAGAUGGGAAUUUGUGAACAACUCUGGGGGAAUCUCUGACUUCUAGAACAAGGGAGAUACUCACUCAUGACCUGGUGAAGUGUCAAGACAUAGCCAUGGCUGUGUUUUCAUAUAUGUGCUACAUGUCUAAAAGCUGGCCAUGGACCCAAAGUGCUUGUGGUGUUUCUUGCCUCAGUGCAUAUUUGGAUUUCUGUUUUUCCCAAAGCAAGCUGAAAGUUUUUGUAUCUGUAUACACCUAUCAAAUUUAUAUUGAUGGCUAUAAAAUCGCAAAUGAUAUUCAA